AAGAGGAUGCCGGGACAGCAAAGAUGUCCGCGCUCAUUUGAAAACCUGCGGUAGCCAAAUCCACAGUUUGGCACCUGAUCUGAGUUGUUUUUAUGUUGGCACCGGUGACGACGUUGUGCUCAAGCAAGACUCAUACUAAGGAAAGACAAGGACUCAGCGACAAGAGCCAGACUAUUCCAUACUAUCAGAAAUAAUGCUGAUAUCUGGAACUCAUGUCGGAAGUCGUGUAUGAAGAGACAGCCACGAUGAUUGCAGCAGGGGAAUUGCAGUCGUUUGUCCCGUUUGGCCGCGAGCACUGCAGGAACCAUCCAAAUGCCUUCAACCUGCAGCUCAGAGAGCUCCAGCCCGCCUCUGAGCUCUGGUCGUCAGAUGGCGCCGCUGGCCUAGUGGGGUCGCUGCAGGAAGUCAGUCUGCAGGAGAGAGAGAGGGAAUGCUGGCAGCUUAGGAAGGGCUGCAAGGGAGUCAGGGAGGAAGAUGUUGAGUUUGAAGAGGAGCUCUACGCAGCAGGAACUGUGGUUGUCUGGAGCCAGGGCAGUCGGACCCAGGCCUCCAACGUAUAUAAGGCCUUCACCGUCGACAGCCCAGUGCAGCAGGCCUUAUGGUGUACCUUUGCUGUCCCUCAGAACAAGACAGACGAGGAGGACGUGGAGCAGACAGUGUGUAUCGUGCAGAGUAGCUGUGUGAACGUUCACACUGUAACUGGGAAGGAUUUUAUCUCACCACUACCCUUUCAGGUCUCAAAUGUCUGGGCAACAAAGUUUGGACUUUUGUUGGAACGAAAAAAUACAGCGACUGACGCACAACUCAGCCUCCCCGGGGAACCUUUGCCCACAGUGUUCAGCAUGCUGCAUCCUCUAGAUGAGAUCGCACCAGUAGUGUGUAAACCUGCAGGUCUGUUUGAAGGAUCCCAUGUACAAUAUGCAUCUGAUGCCACCAUGAAGAUAGUGUUCAGCUGCUGUCAGCCCUCUGUAGUUGUCUCCUAUGACACUGUACAAGGAAUACACUCUGUCUGGGCCCUGCGCAAAGUGACACAGGAUGAGCGUUCUACAGUCCUGCGGUGUACAGCAGAUCCAGUUGGCACUCCGUUGGGUCUGAUGGCAUCUGGCUUACUGACCUCUCACCUCCGUAAUAUCUCCCGCCUGGACUCCCCUGGUGGAAGUGGGGCAACCGGGCUCGGUCCCGGAACUGGAACAAGUUGUGCAGUUGGUCCUGGCUCUCCUCUCCACUACAGCGCUCUGCACAGCCACCAGAGCAGGAUCAUGACGUCUUCACCAGGAUUUCACUCCCGUGUUCAUUCCCCAAGUAUAUCCAACAUGGCUGCCCUCAGCCGUGCCCACUCUCCAGGCAUGGCGGCUCCAUCCUUUUCAGGCGCGGCUCGUUUCAACACGUCUUUCCAUAGCCCGUCCCCCAGGGGGCACCAUGGCGUGAUACACUCUCCCAACAGCACGGUCAACGAGACAAUGCUGGUACCGGAGAUGGAGCCCAUCAUACCCGACCUCUGUAUGGAGCAGCUGUGGAGUGAGACGGUCACAGCUGGUCACAGGGAUAUGAGCAGCCAGGCCUGUAAAGUAUUUCUGACCUCUGACCUCUGUGAGAACCGCUACCUCUGUUUCCUGGUGGAGUCUCACCAACAGCUCAGAUGUGUGAAGUUUGUUGAGAGCAACAAUACAUCUCAGCUAAUCUUCACCUCUGUCACGACCAUCCCUGCCAAAGAUGCAGAGCCUCUGCAGAAUAUAGGUGCCAUGCUGGUUUUGGAGGCCUGUGGCAGUCUGGUUCUAUACACAGGAAUCACCAGGGUCAGUAAAGUGUUUGUCCCCGGCCUCCUGUCACCCACCUUCAGCCUGACCAACCACCUCUCUCACCUCAGCACGCCGGUUGAGAAUGUUAGCACGCCGGCUAAUGCUGGCAGUAGGCACCUCCAAAGAAUGGACGAGGCCGCUAUGCCUUCACCAGUGUCAGAGCUGAGGGGUCCAAACAUUAAACACCACGAAGGUUCAUUUUUGGAAGAUUACACUUUCCAACAUGCCACGCCCCACAUCCAUGCCUUGCGGGACCCGGUCUGCAACCGGGUCACUUUGGAACUAAACAGUGGCACAAUGUUGAGGAUCUCCAUCCCAGAUAUUGCUACCUCAGAGCUUGUGAGGAAAUGCCUUCAGGCGAUUCAUUUCAUCCUGCCCAAGGAAGCUGCCAUGAAGGUUUUGGUGAAGUGGUACAACAUCUACAACGCCCCUGGUGGUCCCAGUUCACAUGCAGAGUGGAACCUGUUUGUCACCUGUUUCAUGACACUAAUGGGCUACAACACUGAGCGUCUGGCGUGGACACGAAACCUGCAUUUUGAAGUGCCUCUCUCUCCAGUGAUUGCAGCCAAGAAGGCCCGUCCCUCUGAUGGAGGCUCUGAAGAGGACUUGGACUACUUGUUGGGGUCUCUUUACCACCGUCAGAUGAAUUCCCAACCUGUUUGCUACAACAAUACUCUCGCCACUGAAACUGUGGGCCUGUCUUCUAUGUCCUCUCCUUCCAGUCCAUCUCUGAAGCUGGACAGUUCAGCUCCUCUCUUCCCUCACAUUCCUGCUCUUUUCUACGUUCUCCAUCUGCUCUAUCAGGAGCUGCAGCUGGAUGAGCUGCAGAGAGCAAGAGCCUCAUCAUUGGUCUGUCUGCUGCAACAGCUGGCCAGAGACCUCCAGUUGGAUGAGUAUGUGGAUCUUUACUGGAGAGACUACCCCUCAUUAAUUAGUGGCUUCACAGAGAGCUGCGUCAUAGACCAGGCUCUGAUUGGUCAGAUGCAGCGUCCGUCCUUCCUGAGGGCAGAGCCUCCCUGUGUGCUUAGCUGGCUCAGUAGCUGUCUGAGAGGGGAGGAGAACCCGCCUUUCCCCUGCCUGCCUGGCAUCUCUCAGAGGACCAGGCUGCUGGUUCUGAGUUAUGCUCUCUACAUUAUUGGAGAUGAAAAUGCUACUUCAACAGAUGUAUCAAAGUACCUGGCCAAGCUCUCUCCAGGCCAGAAGUCCUAUGCCAGUGAACCGCACUACACAAGACAGAGCAGUGUGAAUGUUAAGUUUUCCAGUGAGAGUCUGGCUGAGCAACUGGUAGUCUGGCUCACAUCAGAAGGUUUCACCCUGAAGGACCUGGAGUCAGUUCCCUUUGGUGUGGCUCUGCCCAUCAGAGAGGCCAUCUACCGUUGCCGGGAGCAGCCGUGUUCUGAUUGGUCAGAGGAGGUCUGUCUGCUGAUUGGGCGACAGGAUCUAACUAAACAAGCCCACACAAUGACCCUGGCCAAAGGCAAAGCUUCUGUUGGUACAGGUCUCUCGUUGGAGCCUCCUGCGACCACAGAAGCAGAUGAGGAGGAAGAUGGGAUGUUGGACAUUAUUCAAGAGGUCACAGGACUGAUCUGGAGUCAGGAUCUGAGGGUCCAGGAGGUCAGGAGGCUUCUGCAGAGCUCCCGGCCGGCCCGGGUCAGUGUUGUUCAGUUACCAGAGGUCUCUGAUCACGAGUACAUCGAGGAGAAAGAAAACAAACUUCUGCAGUUGUGUCAGAGGACCAUGGCUCUUCCAGUUGGCCGAGGCCUCUUCACCCUCUUCUCCUAUCACCCUGUACCGACCGAACCUUUACCUGUCCCAAAACUCAACCUGACCGGCCGCGCCCCUCCUAGGAACACGAUGGUAGAUCUGAACAGCGGGAACAUUGAUGUUCCUCCUAACAUGACCAGCUGGCCCAGCUUCCAUAAUGGAGUAGCUGCUGGACUCAAAAUAGCGCCUGCUUCACAGGUGGACUCAGCCUGGAUAGCCUACAACAAGCCAAAGAGCCCCGAGCUGGCUAAUGAGUAUGCAGGCUUCCUCAUGGCCCUGGGCCUCAACGGACACCUCACCAAGCUGGCCACGCUAAACAUACAUGACUACCUCACCAAGGGCCAUGAGAUGACCAGUAUUGGGCUCCUUCUGGGCGUGUCUUCAGCCAAACUGGGCACCAUGGACAUGUCAAUUACACGCCUCCUUAGCAUACACAUCCCUGCCCUUCUCCCACCCACCUCCACUGAGCUGGACGUACCACACAAUGUUCAGCUUUCUCUGUCUCUGUCCCAUCUCUCUCAACUGCGCCUCAUUUCCAAACACUUGCACAUUUAUUCCCUCAUCUCCACCACUCCCUCCACCUCUCUCUCUUUGCCCUGUUUCCUUCCUCUUCCCACUCUUGUCUCAUCAUGUUCACUCUUCCCAUCCUGUUUUACGUCCCUAUCCUCCCUCCCCUCUCUCUCCUUGCAGCAUGGCAGUAACCUGAUUGGGAUGACUGAUCUAAAUGUCCCUGAGCAGUUGUAUCAGUACAUGGUUGGGGGCCACCGCAGGGCUCAGGCUGGGGCAAACAGGGAGAGACACAAGUCCCCCAGCUACCAAAUCAAGGAGGGUGACACCAUAAAUGUAGACGUGACAUGUCCAGGCGCCACGCUGGCCCUCGCCAUGAUCUAUCUCAAGACCAACAACAGGUCGAUCGCUGAUUGGCUAAAACCUCCAGACACAUGGUUCCUGCUGGAUUUCAUCAAGCCAGAGUUUCUGCUGCUGAGGACUCUUGCUCGGUGUAUCAUCAUGUGGGAUGAAAUCCUCCCUAAUACUGAGUGGGUCAAGAGUAACAUACCCCAGAUCAUGAGGGGGACUUUUGACCCUUCAGAAGACAUUAACAUGGAGACAAUGGCCCAAGCUCAAGACUACAUUACUGCCGGAGCAUGUAUGGCAUUGGGCUUACGCUUUGCUGGCUCUGCCAACUCUGAUGCCUUCGACUGCCUCUACGAGUUUGCCAGGAGCUUCAUGAAGAUCAUGUCCUUUGCUGGUACAGCUGCGGUUCAGACAGGUUAUUACAACCUGCAGACCGGCCUGUCAAUGAUUUUGCUGGCGAUGUCCAUGGUGAUGUCCGGCACCGGGAACCUGAAGGUCUUGCAGCUCUGUCGCUUCUUCCACAAGAGAACUGGCGGCGAGAUGAACUACGGCUUCCACAUGGCUCAUCACAUGGCACUGGGCCUGCUCUUCCUAGGAGGGGGCAGGUACACCCUGAGCACCUCCAAUUCAGCCAUCGCUGCUUUGCUGUGUGCCCUGUACCCACACUUCCCUGCUCACAGUACUGACAACCGCUACCACCUGCAGGCCCUGCGGCACCUGGCCGUGCUGGCUGCAGAGCCACGCCUGUUGGUCCCUGUGGACGUUGACUCCCUGAAGCCCUGCUAUGCCCUUUUAGAGGUAACCUACAAGGAGACCAAGUGGUAUGAUGAGACAACUGUAGAAUUGAUGGCUCCCACCAUGCUUCCUGAGCUGCACCUUCUUAAACGGGUAAAGGUGAAGGGUCCACGAUACUGGGAACUGUCCGUAGACCUCAGCAAAGAAACACAGCAUCUAAAGUCCAUCCUAUCCAGAGAUGGGGUGUUGUAUGUUAAACUCCGGGCUGGCCAGCUGCCCUACAAAGAUGACCCUCAGGGCUGGAAGAGCCUGCUGGCCUCCACCGUCAACCACCGCAACUCUGGAGUCAGAGCCUUCGAACCUGAAGCCAUCUCCACGUUCACCUCAGAGCCUGCCUUGGUCUCCUUUGCUGAGUUCUUCUGUAAAACAUCUGAAGAAAUUAAACACAGGGAUGAUACUCUUGUGUUGUUCUCGGCAAUGCUGUAUGAAUGUGUGACGCAGGAAUGUCCAGAGAUGCUGCCCACAUAUAUUGCUGUUGAGCAGGCGGUGGGUGCUCUACGUCGGGGCGACCUGCUGCAGACCUUCCCCUUGUGGCAGAUGCGUUUGGUGGUGGAGUUGUGGGACAGCAGGGUGCUGCGGGGUCCAGCUAACCGCCACAACGCUCUGCUCACCUCCGAGUUUCUGCCUGUCAUGAAGAACAUGGUGGAUGUAGCACUAGACAACUGGCUCAAAGACAACAGCUCAGUGUUGAGAUCCUACAUGAGGGGCGAGGCCCUCCCUAAAAACGCCCAGUCCAUCAUGUUGGCCUGCUUCCUGGUGUACCGCUCCAUCCCCUGCCUCAGGAACACACACACACAGCUGGAGAGUUGCAGCUCAUUUGGGGAUUUAUUGUCGCGUAGCACCGAGUUACGCAUCCCUCUCAGAGACCUGCUGAGGCUGGUUCCCGUCCUGCUGGGCUCUGCCUCCGGAGCACAGACACUGCUGGGCUUCCCUCUGAAAGCAUUUUGAUCCUGAUGCUCAGUACUAGUCUGGUACUAGUCUGGCUAGUAACCUCUCAUAGCCUUACGUUCCCACUAGGAGCACAGGUAGGACAGAUAACUAAUUUCUACCUGUAACACCUACUGGUGUGUGCAACAAGUGGGACAAAAUGUCACCAUAAGAGGUCUUACUGCAUCCCUGCAGCGUGGCUGCUCUGCCUCUGUAAAGAACUGUUUGGAAAAUACAUACUGUGUUUCCUUUUUACCCCCUACUAACUAAUAUUAGUUUUGUAAUAUAAUAUUUCUGUUUAGUAUUUUUACAGCAUAAAGAACGUUUAGGCUGCAGUAAUGAUGCAGAACAUGUGCCAUGUCUGUGGUACAACAAAUCCAGUAUUGGGACUUUUUUGAUGUGUACCAACUUUUUCUCACCCCCAAACAUGGACAGAAAAGACUGGUCAGUACAAAAUGAAAGGACUCGGCUGGACUCGUACCAGUGCCGAUGCUGCUUGGGUGGGCUCUCAUUUAGUUCAGGCCCUUGUGUUGUGAGGACGAGCAGACCAAGGCAAGACAAUAAAAUAGAACCUUUUAAAAAAUACCUGCACACCUCAUUAUUAAUAUUGUGGUUUAUUCUGUCUUGAUAUUUCCUCACAAGGCUCAGUCACUUCUUGCGAUAAUCAGGACAUCAGCUGCCUUAAUUGUUUUCUCUUUUGUUUUGUUUUUACUUUUAGUAUGUGAACCACUUUGAAGAAAAUCUUUUGGAAAGUAUGUGCAUUUCGUGGGUGUUUCUUCCAAAGGCCAGCUGAGGUCUCGCUGCUCAUUAAAGAGAACUGUACUCUC